GGCGAUCCUACUCGACGGUAGUCGUUGCAGCAUUUUAGCUUUGUUCAACAACCCCCAAAUCAGAUCGUCUUCUUCGUCUCUUCCCCAAUCUCCCAAGUCAAAUGUCCAACUCUACAAUCCCAUGGCCCCCGGCAUGAGGAAGAAAGCAGCUACUGCUAAGCGAUCCAACCUCCUCAAACCCCAACACCCACCUCCAAUGCCUGUCUCUUCUAAUUCUCCUUUUCGAACCACUAAGUUCGUUCUUCUCCUUUCAAUCUUGUCGGCCGUAGUCCUUGUUGCGCUUUCUUGGAAUACCCUGAGUUUCUUCAGAUCUAACACUCCUGUCACCGACCAAAUUCACUCAUUCGAAGUCGUCAACGAGUUCCCUCACGACCCUGAUGCUUUCACACAGGGGCUUUUGUACGGAGGGAACGAUACAUUAUUGGAAUCAACCGGCCUCAAUGGACAUUCAUCAGUUAGGGAAGUGGAUCUUCGGACCGGAAAGAUCAAGGCCCUGCAAAACAUGGAUUAUUCUUAUUUUGGAGAGGGUUUAACUCUUUUGGGUCAAAGGUUAUAUCAAGUAACUUGGUUGGGGAAUACUGGUUUCAUAUAUGACCGAUAUAAUUUAAGCAAAUUCAAAAAAUUUACUCAUGAUAUGAAAGAUGGUUGGGGAUUAGCAACUGAUGGGAAAGUACUCUUUGGAAGCGAUGGAUCCUCUUCCUUAUAUCACAUCAAUCCUCGAACAAUGAAAGUUACAGCGGAGCUGGUUGUUAAAUAUAAAGGUUUUGAGGUGCAUAACCUCAAUGAAUUAGAGUACAUAAACAAUGAAAUUUGGGCAAACAUUUGGCAGAGUGACUGCAUAGCUAGAAUCUCACCUGCAGAUGGAACUGUGAUUGGAUGGAUUCUCCUUCCAGAGUUGAGAGAGGGAUUGCUGGCAGCUGGCAACAGAAUUGAUGUGUUGAAUGGGAUAGCAUGGGAUGUAGAUAAACAACGCCUUUUCGUGACGGGGAAACUGUGGCCAAAACUAUACGAGAUAAAAGUGCAGCCACUGAGGAAACCUCUACAGGCACCUGUAGAACGAAUCUGCUUAAGGGACCCUGUUCAUUUUACAAGGAAUUGAAAUGAAGUAAAGAAUGAUAUUUAAGAAUCUAUGAUUUAUACAUGAUGUUCUGAUGUCGUAUAUUCGAGCCGAUUACAAGUCGUUACAAAUGAGUCAACUUAGGCAUGAGUUUUAGUAGAGAUUCAUGGCAGGGUAGAAUUUUUUCGAAGUUGUCUGUGAUCUAUCCAAAUUUACCAUAAAUAGCAAUGUCUAUGAUAACAAGUAUUGUUUUAGUAGAGAUUCGUGCUUAAUGUU